CCUUGAUCGAAAGUUAUUCGACCGCAAGGUUACUCCCGGAGCUACGAGAGCCUCGGUCUGGCCGAUAUCAGAUUGACGGGGUUGAUACCCGAGGAUUUAGGACGACUGAAGAAUCUUGUGAUCUCACUGGGCGGAUUCCUGCCUCAUUCGGCAAUUGCAACUUCUCAGCAGUAAUCGAACUGGAAAUGAAUCAGCUUUCGGGACAAAUUCCAGCAGAGCUAGUUGCUCUGACCAGAUUGAAAAUCGUCAGUGUGUGGAAUCAUGAACUCAGUGGCCGCUUCGUGCUCUCAGGGAUAUAAAUGAAGACAGUAACGAUUUGGGAUAACCAGCUCAAACGCAGGAUUCCGGCUUAUGCAGGUACCUGCUCAGACCUGGAUAUGUUGGAUCUGUCAAACAACAGAUUGAAGGAACAAAUUUCUGCGGCGCUAGGAUGUCUGGGGAACCUGGACAUUCUUACUCUGUUCCACAACAAUCUUACUGGACGGAUUCCUGCUGCCUUGUGUAAUUGCUCCCAUAGCAACCGGUUGUCCGGACGCAUAAAAGUUUUAAUUUGUUGAGCUAGGCGGGAAUGGAUUAACUUGCCCAUUUGCAUCUUACUGAAGCGGGUGCUGUGAUCUGCGAGAACUAGAUUGGCAUCAGAACAAGUUGAGUGGGCAGAUAGCAGCAGAGUUUGGUGCUUUGAGAAGGCAGAAGCUUUUGUUUGUUCGCGAGAACGAGCUGCCGAGUAGCAUUCCUGUGUUUCGAGGCAACUGCAACAGCGGAGAAGGGACUGAGGACUUUGUUUUUUUCGUUGACAAUUUGAUAGCUGGCAUCCCUACGUUUCUCGGCCAGUGCACCAGCUUGGAGCGACUCGAUUUGUGCCUGAACGAAUUGGAAGGACCGAUACCCGCGGAGAUAGGUUGUCUUUCCAUGUGCUCGAACUGUCUCGAGGAAGUGAUUACUGCCUUCAUCGGCAACUGCUCCCAGUUGGAAACCCACCAGCUGAGCAGCAAUCAAUUGACCGGACAAACACCAUCAGAGCUCGGUGAUCUGAGUAGGUCGAGGAUAUUGUAUCUACAGGACAACACCUUCACUGGCCCCUCCUCGUUGGGCAGAAGCUCAUUUCUAGAGGAGCUUUCUCUGAGGACGAACGACUUGAAGGGCCACAUACUUUCAGCGCUUGGUGAUCUGAGAAGGAUCAGGAUUAUGUAUCGUUGGCGCAGUCUACUCAACGGAAGCCCUCCAGAAUCCUUGGACAAUUUUUCAAAGCUCCAAGAAGUCUCCAAGGUUACAACAAUCUGGAAGGCAGUAUCCCAGACAUGUUCCAGAACGUCUCCUCCCUCAAGUCUCUGUACAUGUCCGGGAAUAGAUUCCGUAGAUCCGGCUCGAUUUCCAAAGCUCCCGAAGUUGCAAGAGCUCUUACUGGACAAGAAUGAUUUCUCUGGUGUGAGUCCCAAGAGCUGGGCCUCUCAUUAUCCUUGAAUGACAGUUCUGGAUAUUUCCUAGAGCAAUCUGGAGGGUCCAAUUCCAGAAAGGUUUUCCUACAUGUCAUCGCUCGCCCGAUUGAAAAUGGGUGGAAACAACCUCACGGGAUCACUGAUCACAUCUCCGACGACCCUACGACCUCCCACCUUCGCCAGGAACCUGAUCAUCGAUCACAUCUCUGCCUCACAGGACAACUGUGAAGACAUGGUGGUCCUCGAUUUGAGUAACAACCUCUUGACCGACACCUUGCCUUCCAGUUUACGAAGUCUAGCUCGCUGCCUCAGUGCGAGUUCUUAUGGUGGGGACUAAUUGCUUGGUGGGCCAUUUUCCAACCUGGAUCACUCACCUUUCGUAUCUCCAGGUUCUGGACCUAUGGCACAACAAGUUUCAUGGAUCCAUCCACACCUGCCAAUCUGUCGAGCAUGCGUGCAUGGCUUCAGCCGUAUUUCGGAGAGUAUUUUUGGAUCUGGAGGUCUUGCACGACGAGAUCAAGAUGUUUGCAAAGGACAUGACUCUGUACCUGCAGUACGUGGUCUCGAUUCGGAAUUCGUUGGUUGUUUCCGGGAUCCCGUCGACGGCAGCAUUCCUGCAGAGCUGCAGAGGUUGCUCUACUUGACGCUAGCCAGGAACUCACUCAAUGGUCCCAUAACCUCGACCAUUUCCGGUCUCAAGGUGCUGGAAUCUUUUGACCUGUCGCAUAACAAGCUCGACGGUCAGAUCCCGAUGGAGCUGAAAGACCUGAUGGCUCGAAGCUACAUCAACUAGAGUUGCAAAAACUGACGGGACCCAUUCCAGAUUCGCCUCAGUUUCAGACAAGGAUUGGGACAGUUCUAGGCUUUGCGCGUUGCCUUUGGACCCUUGAGAAGGUGUUUGAGCUUCGUCUCCUGGCUGUGGUGGAUCGCCAUGGAGAAAUAUAGGACUGGAUAUCCCUCCAUGCGUGUCUAGUGGGAUCUGCUGUUGGUUUCUGUACUUCUCUGGCUAUCAUAUCCGGCUAGGAAGAGAUCAGACACUGUUCUCGGACGUCUAUCAGAACACUAUGGUGCCUUUGGCGGCGACCACUAAAAGUUGUCAAUUCUGUAGCUUUAGUUUCCUCAAUUAAAAUCUAGAACAUGGCUACGGAUAAUAGCUUUAGGUGCUUUAAAUGCUUCCAGUCGUGAAGAAGCAGAAGAGCGGUUCCAAGAGCGUAAUAGCUAUGGUCGAGGUGCUUCAGACAAGACACGAAUACACUGUCGUAACUCCAUCAUCGCAAAGCAGACUUUCUCCUCAUCCAUGUCGAAGAGGAGUCCAGUGUAUUCCAAGAAUGCUCCCCCUGUAAUAUAUC